AGAUGGCGGCGUGCGGGGCUCUCCCGUAACCCUUCCUCGCCACCGACUUCGAGCGCAGCGAGAGGUCCCCGCAGCGCGGAGGGGACUUUUCCCCCCGCGGGUCCCCAGCGCCGGCUGCGGCGGGACCCCCCCCCCCGUGCGGGGUGUGCGGCUCUGCCUGCCCCCAGCCCCCGGUCCAGCGCUGCCUGAGCCGGGGAACGAGCUGCGGCGAAACUUGGGCUGUUGUUGUGUGAGGAGCUGCCGCCUGGAACAAACACCAAAACGACCUGUGAAGAAGCUCCAUGAAGGUGACCAGCCAUGCAAUGUUCCUGGAAGGCUGUCCUCCUACUAGCCUUGGCAUCCAUUGCGAUCCAAUACACAGCAAUCCGGACCUUCACGGCCAAGUCCUUCCACAGCUGCCCCAUCCCCAACCCCGUGAACUGCAGCCUGAGCCAGGACACUGAUGCUGCCGAGCGGCUGUGUGACGAGAGCCCCACUUUCUCCUACAACCUGUCCAGGAAGACGCACGUCCUCAUCCUCGCCACCACCCGCAGUGGCUCCUCCUUCGUUGGGCAGCUCUUUAACCAGCACUUCGAUGUCUUCUAUUUAUUUGAGCCCCUCUACCACGUCCAGUACACCCUGAUCCCAAAGCUGACCCAGAGCAAGAGCACGACGGACAGGCGGGUGAUGCUGGGGGCCAGCCGAGACCUGCUGAGGAGCUUGUACGACUGCGACCUCUACUUCUUGGAGAACUACAUCAAACCCCAGCCUGUCAACCACACCACUGACCGCCUCUUCCGCAGGGGAGCCAGCAAGGCCCUGUGCUCGCCACCCGUCUGCGAGUCCCUGGGUGCCAUCGAUCUCCACCUCGAGGAAGGAGACUGCGUGAAGAAGUGCGGGACCUUGAACCUGACGCUGGCCACUGAGUCCUGCAGAGAGCACGGGCACGUGGCCAUCAAAACCGUGCGGGUGCCCGAGGUCAGCGAUCUCCGGGCGCUGGUGGAGGACCCGCGGCUCAACCUGAAGGUUAUCCAAUUGGUGAGGGAUCCCCGCGGCAUCCUGGCAUCCCGGAGCGAGACCUUCCGGGACACGUACCGGCUGUGGAGGAUCUGGGACGGCACCGGCAGGAAGCCGUACAACCUGGACGUGACGCAGCUCACCACGGUGUGCGAGGACUUCUGGAACUCCGUGUCCACCGGCCUCAACCGGCCACCGUGGCUCAAGGGCAAGUACAUGCUGGUGCGGUACGAAGACCUGGCUAGGAACCCUAUGAAAAAGACUGAGGAGAUCUACGAUUUCCUGGGCAUCCCCAUGGACAGCAACGUGGAGCGCUGGAUACAGAACAACACCCGGGGGGACAGGUCCUCCUCCAAACACAAGUACGGGACCGUGCGCAACUCGGCGGCGACGGCGGAGAAGUGGCGGUUCCGGCUGUCCUACGAGAUCGUGGCGUUCACGCAGCACGCCUGCCAGCACGUGCUGGCGCAGCUCGGCUACAGAACCGCCGCCUCCGAGGAGGAGCUGAAGAACCUCUCCAUCAGCCUGGUGGAGGAGAGAGACUUCCUGCCCUUCUCCUAAGGCAGCCCCGGGGGGGCCCGGUUUUGAUACGGACUCUUUCUAACUGUUGCCUUAUUUUGGUUCGUUUCGGUUCCCCCCUUCCCCUCUUUCUCUCUUUUCUCCUCUCCAAGAUUUGCACUAAACCUUGAGCAGGAAUCUCAGCAGCUGAGGCCGAGGGAAGCGAUUGCCGCCCCUCAAUAAUACGUUUGGGAUGCAAGAGGAGUCGGGUCUCUCCAAGCAAGAGCUAUAGAACUGUGGAUGGGUUAUAAUGUUUACAAAACAUACAAAGCGUAUAAAGCAACCUUCAAGCUUUCCAAACCGAAGGGUACCUGGGGUACUGUACUUUUGCACUGUUUACUUUUACAAUGUAAGAGGUAAAUAUAAUUUAUGAAUGGUGUCAUCCCCUCCAGAAUAACUCCCCUCGCCCCACAAUGAGCAGGUUAGACUGGAAGCUGAACGCGCAACAACCUCCUCGGUUUUGAUCUCAGUGCGAUAAUGUCCUGUUACUGGGCUGGGCAGUGGGUCAGCUGCUCGUACAUGGUGGUUUGGUAACACCUGUGAUAGUUCUUUGUGCCAAAAAAAAAAAAUCAUGAAAGGAAAACAAGAAAAGGGAAAAACCGAAGUGAUUGGGUGGUUUGGUAAAAGCCCAACACAUUUAAUGCUUUAUUUCUGUGUUUUCUGUAAAUAAAAAGUGCAAUAAAACUGA